UAAGCUACAGAAGCUUAUAUCGCCACUAAAAUACGUUUAUAGUGGUGCAAGCAGAAAGAAAGCAAGAACAUAAGAGAGGUCGAAGGUCGUCUGGAGCACCGGAGACAUUCUUUUGUUUAGAGUAAGAAAAAGAAUAGAAGAAAUGGCGAACGCAUCACUCAACACUCGAGACAUUCUUAAACCCUUCUUCCAAAGAGCUUCAGAAGCUGAGUUUACAUUGAAGGAUCGAUUGUCAAGACUUGAAGUUGCCCUUGCAAGUAAGAAAGAUGCUCAAAAUGAGGGACUUCUAAAAACUAUCGGUGAACUUCAGACAAAGCUAGAAUGUGUACAUGCGGAGCUAGCUUCGGAGCAAGAGAAGGCUAGGAAGCUUGCUGUGGAAAAUGCAAAGCUCCAGUAUCGUAUUUUACAUCUAGUCCAGGCCGUUCGUCACAGUGACAGCAAAUUGGAGAACAUGACAAGUGGUUCAGAAGCAAAAGCACAAACCAUCAAGAAGCUGGAGGAUCUACGGUUGUGAAGCAGCAAUGGUAUCGGAUGCCAAGAUGCAAUUACCACUUGUGGCAUCGAUAGAUUUUAAUUUGUUGGGGAAGUACUCUUUUUUUUUUUAACAUAUGAGAGGAGCUAUGCUUGUGAUCUAAGAUAAUUUUGGUUUGUUGAUUCAAAAUAAAAGAUCAGAAGUUUUUAUUCUGGGAUCAA